UUGACACACACACACACACACACACCUCACUCAGAGUCAUGGCAGCAGCGACCUUUACUGGCUCCUCAAAGACCCUUUCCUCUUCACAAAUUCAAUGAGAUUGGUAUUGUUUCUCACCCAAUUCAACGAACCCAUUCCUCAAAAACCAUCAUUUACAGUAUAUUCAAGAACAACAAAGCCAUGGCUGCUUCUCUUUUGGGUGCUGCUGGGUUUGCCCUCACCCUAGUAGUGGAACCCGCCUCUGCUGCCGAGCAUCCAUUGAUGAUGGGUUCUUCUUCUUUGCCGCUCUAUGAACACCGAAAUGCCCUCUCUUUGCCCACCUGGGCCAUCUACGUCUGCAGCGUCGUUGAAUGGUCACAACUCUCUCUCUCUCGAAAUUGUUUAAUUGAUUUUUAAAUUCUGCACUUGAAAAGGGUUAUGGCAAUGGCGUUAGUAUGGUAAUAUGGGGAGAAAUCUGGGUAUGAAUCAUGGAAGGGGCAGGAGGUGGGUUGAGAGAGAUCGUUGAUGGGGAAGAAUGGGAAAGGGAGAAAGAGAGAGAAAGAGAAAGGGAAAGAGAGUCACCUGGCGGGAACACACUUUGCCUAGCAAUGGAGGCUGGCUACAUGUGGAGAGCCAAAACGAGAAGGGGCAAAAUGCCUCACCAUUUGGAGUCCUAGAAAUGCAGCUUCAAUAGAUCCUCCGGAACUCGCAAUGUACAAGAACCGUUUGCAAGAGUACACUAAAAAAUCAUCCAUUCCACUCUCAGUUUAUGAAACAAUUAAUGAAGGAGGAGUUCCACAUGAGCCAAGGUUUAGGUCCACUGUCCGGGUGGAUGGAGCAUCAUAUACAUCUCAUGAUGUAUUUUCACAACGAAAGGCUGCAGAGCAAGAUGUUGCCAAGGUGGCAUUGGAUGGUAUAACACAAAAGAUACUUAUUCGUGAGGAAACAGUCUUUUGCAAGUCUAUCCUCCAUGAAUUUCCAGUCUUUUGCAAGUCUAUCCUCUCUGAAUAUGCAGUCAAGAUGCAUCUGGAGAAACCCACUUACAACACAACUCGGUCAGUGGGGUUGCUUCCACCUCGUGUAUCUGCUUUGGUAUUCAAUAGUGUUACUUACACUGGCGAGGCAGGCAAAAACAAGAAGGAGGCCGAACAGUUGGCAGCACGGAAAGUUGUCCUGUCAAUUUUGGGUAUUAUCCCUUCUGCCCUUACAUACAAAAUCAUUGCUCAGAAUACAUAGAUAUAUGGAUUGUCUCUCUGUGAGCUUGUCUUUCUUUUUGUAUAUGUAUAUUUUAGUACAGUAUUGUGCAUACUUUUGUAUACAUAUUAGCUUUAUA